CGUGACGUGGCUGCUCUGACGUUUCUUUUUUUUUGGUUAGAUCUAGAUCUAGUGUUACUAGGAAGAGAAGAAGAAGCAGAACUAGGGGGGAGGGGAGGGGGCGCUAUCUGACGGACACUUAGGGAUAGAGCUGAAUGCAUAAUAUGGGACUCUGGAGUCUGGUCUAGUGACUUUGUUUAUGCCUUUUGGGGUUCCUCUUCCAGCAAGAGAAGGAAAAAUCUGGACCAUCGAUAACUAGUACCCACAGAAUAGAAACACAUUCUAAGUGGGCAAAUGGUGCUCGACUUGUGAGUGCAGUUAAGUAGUAAUAAUACAGGACUACUGUACUACAAGUAGAGAUACCCUUACUUGAUUACUAUCACAUGGUAUUAGGCAACUGCUAAGAUGCAAAGAGCAAUUGAUCAAUUUUUUGUCAUGUUAUUCCUGAACAGUUGCCAUUAUGGAGAUAUCUAUACUUGAUUAUUAUAAUAUAAUAUUCGGUAACUGUUAAUAAGAUCAAAUUAUUUUGUGCCCAAAUGGUAACAUGAAGCAUUUGUUUCCCAGACCCAACACCAUUAACUGGUUUGAUCAAUAGAAGUUCCUAGAUGUUCGUCUGAUUUGAUUUGUGUGUACAUUUUGCAAGCUCUCUUCCAUCUCAUUUUACUGGCCAGAAAGUAUUCAUGUUUUCAACAAUGCAGAAUAACCCAAAUAAUGCCACAGCAAGUCAGGGCCCUGCAACAUCAGAGAGCAACAAUCUACCUAUAGCAAGACCAUCAUCAGGCUCAGCUUUUGAUAGAUCAAAAUGCUAUAGUGUGUCGCAAGAUAUCCAAUUUACACAACACACUGUUCUGGUGGGAGGUGAGACCAGAAGAACAGCCUCAGUAGCGAAGGCUGAUACGGAGUUGCUUGCAAGAAACAGAGGUAAUGCCAUGAUGCGCUACAAAGAAAAGAAGAAGACCCGGAGAUAUGAUAAGUACAUUCGAUAUGAGUCAAGGAAAGCAAGAGCAGACACCAGGAAGCGAGUAAAGGGUCGAUUUGUGAAGGCUACUGAAGCUCCAGAUAGUUGAAUCCCUUAUAAAUGCCUUAUAAAUGACUUUUUCAAUUAGGAAAUUUGUUCCUCCUUACCUAUUUUCCUGUAUAUAUUCCUAUCUUCUCUCACCUAAAAUGUAAAAUUGAAUAGCCUUCUGUUUGUAGUGAUUAGCAAUAACUUCAAUGGUAUACCUUCUCUCCGCAACAUGGCAUUUUAUAUUCCCAUUUAGUUAACAUGAAACGUAGUAGAUGACAGGAGAUGAGCUGCAGGCUCCAACAACUCCUCUGCAGACACAAACUGGCGAAAUUAUCAGUUUGGAAUCGGCUAUCAUUUUGGAAUAUGUUUGACUCUUGGGUAAUUUGACUUAUCAUAUAUUCAUGGAGAAGGUAGGUUCAAGUAAUUUUAGUCCCCCCCCCCCCC